AGUUUUGUACUUCCAAGACUAUAGUGGCUCCUAUUCCUCCUGCCAGUCAAACCGCCAUAGCGUCGUCAAAGCUUCAUGGAAAUUCAUGAUUCAACUUGCUGCUGAUAGACGACAGCAACGCGCUCCAGAUCCAACUUACAGAUCAUAGUUUGACUCAGCCAGCAGAUCGUUAUCAAUAUUUGAAGCCGUCUGACGGAAAUCCGACUGUGCUCUCUAUCUCUCAUUAUAGGCACAUCUGAGCCUAUUGUGACUAUAACAAGUGGUAUCAGAGCCCCUUGGAGCCGUCUCGACCAUGCCUAGACCUGAGGAAGGGGGUGGCAGAGGUGCUGGAGGCAGAGAAGACGCCCAAGCACAAGCAAAGGGACCAAAGGCAUGGGCUGCUCUCAAGGGUGUACACACUCCUGCAACAGCGGCGGUGGCUGUGGUUUUGGAGCGGCAAAUGGCGGCACUUCGAAUUGACGAAGGCGAACCGGUGGAGGAAGGAGUGCAGAAAUUCUUCGACUUGUUGACACGGCUCGAAGGAGCUGACCUGAACUACAGUGACCUUCAAAAGAAGACCAAGCUGUUGGCCUUACUUCCGGACUCAUGGUCCUCGCUCAUCAUCAACCUUAAUCGAGAUCUGCCCCGUCUCUCACUCGAAGAUGUGAAGCGGGAAAUCUUACAAGAAGAUUUCCGCCGUCGCGAAUUGGCGGGUCCCGAUGGUGCCGGAGUUGCAAGCAUGGGCCGUGGGCACGGCCGUGGAAGGGGCAGAGGGCGAGGAGGAAGAUUUGGCAGCAGUAACUUCAAUGGAGGCCGUGGUAAUGGAGGAUAUGGCAGCAACAACAACAACAAUGGCUACGGGCGUGGGCGCGGUCGAUUUGAUGGCGAAUGCCACUUUUGCCACAAGACCGGCCACAUGUGGAGAGAUUGCUUCAGAUUGCCUGAUGGAUGGACCCCUUCUCAAGGCCAAGAGGGCAGAGGAGCAAGGGGAGGAAGAGGCAGAGGUCAUGGAGGCCGUGGUGGUCGUGGAAGCGAAGCGGCAAGCAUGAAAGGUGGAGACUACGACAAGGACUCGAGUGAAGAUCGAUACCCGGGCCAAUUCUUCUUUGUCUCCACGCAAGCGACAGCUGCAGCAGGAGGUGUGGAAGGCUUUGAGGAGCCAGCUACUGUGGGAAAGCUUGGAGCUGCUGGAGCAGAGUACUUCCUCACCAUUGUGGACGUCUACACUCGCAUGACUUGGGUGUAUGUACUGCCCAAGAAGAGUGACGUAGCUGAAACGGUGAAGACCGAUUGGUUGCCGAUGGUGGAGCGGCAACAAGACCGACUUGUGAAGGCGAUUCGCACUGACCGUGGGGGAGAGCUGGGAACCAUCUCCCUCUCGAACUCUUCUUGCUAAGUUUUGUACUUCCAAGACUAUAGUGGCUCUAUAC